AUCCAGAUUAUUCUUGCAGGGUUAAGAGGGCAACAGUCACACUCGACGUCACUCAAAACGGUUAAAAGUGUGCUGUAUUAAUGGACACUUUUAUUAAAUGACACCAUAUAAGUUAAUGGAAAAUAAUUACAACUCACACAAACGCAACGUUAAGUUACUGUAUUUUUACUGAGGUCUCGUUUCCGGUUUUAUUUUGAAAAAUGCACAAGUUACUUCCUUGUGAAGUGUUGGGUAAACACUAAAGCUUCACGCCGGGGUUACUUCGUGACAAACUUCAUUAACACGCAGGUGGAAAUGUCUUUCUGUUCCUUCUUCGGCCGAGAGGUUUUUGCAGACCAUUUCAAACCAGGGGUUUACGCAUGUACCAAGUGUGGUCACCAGCUCUUCUCUAGUCGCUCUAAGUUUGAGCACUCAUCUCCCUGGCCAGCCUUCACGGAGACCAUCCACCAAGACAGUGUGUCCAAACGCGAGGAGAGACCUGGCGCCUUCAAAGUGUCGUGUGGAAAGUGCGGAAAUGGCCUCGGCCACGAGUUUGUCAACGACGGGCCUGCCAAAGGGAUGUCUCGCUUCUGAAUAUUCAGCAGCUCACUGAAGUUCGUCCCAAAAGAUAAAGUGGAUGGACAGUAAAGUGAGCGUUCAACAGGAAGUGCUGCUGGCCCUUUAAGCAUGUCUGUAUGUUGCUAUGUAAGUGGCGGUCAGCGAAUGAAGCGCUCUGGGGGAAAAGCCCAACAUGGGAGCACCAGAGUUCCGAUGGACAGCGGUCUCACUGCAUGGCAACAACAGAGGAAAGAAAAUAAUGCAAUCAUUGACACUUCAAGAUAACUACACGAAUCAUGUACAAUUUACAUUUAGUUCACAGUUUUUACAUUGGUUAUUUUAGUAAGUUAUUGCUUUCAACGGCAUAACAAAUCUUUCAGGAUUUUCAAUGCUGCUUGUAUUGCCAGUAAUCCGGGAUUUGAAAAAAUGUAUUGGACAUUUUUUGAUGAGAAUAAAAUAUAAGCACACAUCAUAUCUAAUGCAAAAAUAAUAUUACAUUUUUAAGGGAAGUAAAAGUUUUGAAGUUUUUUCUGACAAUACAAGGUGAAACAUGGAUGUCUUUCAUCAAGGAGGAGUAGAAACACAUCUAUACAGCCUCAUCAUGAUAUGAAUGUUGCUUACCUUAUACUGUACAUCAGUGAUUCUCAAGCUGUGGUACGGUACGCGGCCUCCAUUUAAUGGUACGCCAAACAAUCACUUGCUUAAAGUACAGUGUUUGAUUUAUUUUCCUAUAUAUAUAUUUAUAGGCUUUCUCCUGGCACUCAUCGAGGGCGUCAUUAACAUGUUAAAAAUAAGUAAUUCUUAUUUUAAUUUUUAAUGUAACGCUUACAGUAAAUCUCUCUCAACUUCAGGUUGAUAUAAAGUAAAAUGCCUUUUCUGUUAAAGACAACUUUGUUUUUCAUAGUAAAACUGAAAUAUGCAGUAUUUCCCCCACCGCCCAAAACAUUCAGAAAGCAAGUUUGAUGUGAAGUAAUUGGAUUCCUAAAAAGAUCAAUAAUGCAGGACACCAUUGAUUUUAAAUGUAUUAUUAUAUCUGAGUAGUCACAGUGAAGAGAUAAAUAAAAUCCCACUAAAUAUAUUUGGGAUCCAAAAGGUCCCCCACUCAUAAAGCGAUACAGUUGUAUUAUUUGUUUUAUUUUCAACACAUAAGUUACGAGAUCAACCUCAGAUAUAUCUGUCGAUUUUACGUUUGAACUAUUAUUUUGUUUGUUGUAUGCUUUUUUUGUCAAAGAAAACGUUGUUUUUAUAUGGCAACCACAAAAUAUAUGCAAUAUUUUCCACAUAAAACAUUUUGAAGUGAAAUAUUUGAAGUAUUUGGAGCCUUGAAUAGGUCAAUAAUUCACUUUAUCAUUCAUUUUUGAAAAACUUUUUUUUUUUGGGAGCAAUAGCAAUAAAAAUAAAGACAAAAGAAAAAAACA